CGUGACGUCAUCGACCGUUUAUGAAAACCGCGUGGGCGACGUCAUCCGUCGAGGCCAAAAACAUAUUUGUUACGUCACGUCUCGGCCGCUUCUGCUCACUGGCGGCGUCCACGUUACGGCGCCGGGUCCCGCGUGAACCGGGGAGCCCCGCGUGAACCGGGGAGCCCCGCGUCCCUUUGCGUCGGGUGGCAGCGAUUCCACGGAUCGAGGUGGACGAUGUUGGGCUGGCGCGGGGCUCUGGACGAGGGCGGCUUUGACGACGUAGAGGGGCCAAUGGGAUCGGAGCACUCCUCGUCGGAUGAUAGCGACAAGGAUCACGACGAGCGUGAGGAGCGGCUCAUCGUGGUGGGGAUCUGCGCGAUGGCGAAGAAGUCGCACUCCCGGCCCAUGGCCGAGAUCCUGGCGCGCCUGCGCAUGUUCCCCUACCUGAGCGUGAGCAUCUUCCCCGAGGACACGAUCCUGCACGCGCGUGUCGCCGAGUGGCCGCCCUGCCACGUGCUCAUCUCCUUCCAUUCUAAGGGCUUCCCGCUGGACAAGGCGGUCGCGUACAGCAAGCUGCGCAGGCCCUUUGUCAUCAACGACCUCAACAUGCAGUACCACAUCCAGGACCGGAGGGAGGUGUACCGGAUCUUGCGAGCGGAGGGGAUCGAGUUGCCGCGCUACGCCAUCCUUAACCGCAAUCCGGACCACCCUGACGCCUGCGACCUGGUGGAGGGGGAGGACCACGUGGAGAUCAACGGAGACGUCUUCCAGAAGCCCUUUGUGGAGAAGCCGGUGUGCGCCGAGGAUCACAACGUCUACAUCUACUAUCCCACGUCGGCCGGCGGAGGCAGCCAGCGCCUCUUCCGCAAGAUUGGCAGCCGGAGCAGCGUGUAUUACCCGGAGAGCAACGUGCGCAAGACAGGCUCGUACUUGUACGAGGAGUUUAUGCCAACCGAUGGCACCGACGUGAAGGUGUACACGGUGGGGCCGGACUACGCGCACGCGGAGGCGCGCAAGUCGCCGGCGCUCGACGGGAAGGUGGAGCGCGACGCCGAGGGCAAGGAGGUGCGCUACCCGGUGAUCCUCAACGCCCGCGAGAAGCUCAUCGCCCGCAAAGUGUGCCUCGCCUUCAAGCAAACGGUGUGCGGGUUCGACCUGCUGCGAGCGAACGGACACUCGUACGUGUGCGACGUUAACGGCUUCAGCUUCGUCAAGAAUUCCAUGAAGUACUACGAUGACUGCGCCAAGAUCCUGGGGAACCUCAUGAUGCGGGAGUUGGCCCCACAAUUCCAGAUCCCGUGGUCGGUUCCCCUGGAGGCCGAGGACAUCCCCAUCGUCCCCACCACCGCCGGCACCAUGAUGGAGCUGCGCUGCGUGAUUGCGGUGAUCCGGCACGGAGACCGCACCCCCAAGCAGAAGAUGAAGAUGGAAGUGAGACACCAGAGAUAUUUUGAUCUCUUUGACAAGUACGGGGGCUACACGAGCGGCAAGAUCAAGCUCAAGAAGCCCAAGCAGCUCCAGGAGGUGCUGGACAUUGCCAGGGAGCUGCUGCAGGAGCUAGGACAGAACCACGACUCGGAGAUUGAGGAGAGCAAAGCCAAGCUGGAACAGAUGAAGGCCGUGCUCGAGAUGUAUGGCCACUUCUCGGGAAUCAACCGCAAGGUACAGCUCACCUACCUGCCCCAGGGCCGGCAUCGCCGCUCAAGCGAGGAGGAGGACACACAGACGCAGCCAUCCCUGCUACUGGUGCUCAAGUGGGGGGGCGAGCUGACCCCCGCAGGGCGCGUGCAGGCGGAGGAGCUGGGGCGCGCGUUCCGCAGCAUGUACCCGGGGGGCCAGGGGGACCAUGCGGGCUACGCUGGCUGCGGCCUCCUCCGCCUGCACUCCACCUACCGCCACGACCUCAAGAUCUACGCGUCGGAUGAAGGCCGAGUCCAAAUGACAGCCGCCGCCUUUGCCAAGGGGCUGCUGGCGCUGGAGGGGGAGCUGACGCCUAUCCUGGUGCAGAUGGUGAAGAGCGCCAACACCAACGGGCUGCUCGACUCGGAGGGAGACGCCCUUAGCAGCUCGCAGCAGCGCGUCAAGCAGCGCCUGCACGAGGUGCUGCAGAGAGACACCACCUUCACCCCCGCCGACCUGCGCAAGCUGGCUCCCACCGGCAGCGCGUCUGUGCUGCGCUCCAUGCGCUCCAUCGGGAACCCGGUGCGCACCUGCGACGAGGUCUACGCCCUCAUCCAGAGCCUCACCUCGCAGAUCCGCACGCGCAUGCACGAGCCCAAGUCUGCAGACAUCCAGCUGUACCACAGCGAGACGCUCGACCUGAUGCUGCAGCGCUGGGCCAAACUGGAGAAGGACUUCAAGCUCAAGGGCGGGCGCUACGACAUCAGCAAGAUCCCCGACAUCUACGACUGCAUCAAGUACGACACGCAGCACAACGGCGCGCUGGCGCUGCGCCGCACGCACGAGCUGCUCGCGCUCUCCCAGGCGCUGGCCGACAUCGUCAUCCCGCAGGAGUACGGCAUCAGCAGGGAGGAGAAGCUGGACAUCGCGUACGCCUACUGCCUCCCGCUGCUGCGCAAGAUCCACACGGACCUGCAGCGCACGCAGGACGACGACACCGUCAACGUGCUCAACCCCCUGUAUUCGCGGGGGGUGAGCUCCCCCGGCCGGCACGUGCGCACACGGCUCUACUUCACCAGCGAGAGCCACGUGCACUCCCUGCUGUCCAUCCUGCGCUACGGGGGCCUGCUCAACGAGGAGCGUGACGAGCAGUGGCGCCGCGCCAUGGACUACCUGAGCGAGGUGACGGAACUCAACUACAUGACGCAGCUCGUUAUCAUGCUCUACGAGGACCCGGGCAAGGAACCGACGUCCGAGGAGCGAUUCCACGUGGAGCUGCACUUCAGCCCCGGGGUCCGGGGGGGGGUCUCCGGCGGGGACCCCCCGCACCCGUCGGGCUCCGGCUACCGCCCGGCCUCCCGCGAGAGCGACGUGGGGCGACAGUCGCAAGAGGAGGAGGUGGGUGGCGGGCAGGAGGAGCGGGGGGGCGGCGUGUUGAGUGGGAGGAGGAGCAGGGGGGCGGGGGCUGGGGUGGCACCGCCACCGCCGGGCUCCCCCACCGCCCGGCCCGGAGCUUCGUCGGCGCCCAUCGUCAUCGUCAAGCCGCGGCCGCUGCCCCUGCACUGCCGGCCGCGCAAAAACACAUCCACGGAGGCGUUCCCCCUGAGCGCCUCCAACCCCGAGUCGGGUGGCACCGCGUGCCUCCCCGUGCCCAGCCGGCGGCGCCGCCGCUCCGGCGACGCGAACUCCCUUGGUCCCCCCUCACCCGGCCCCCCACCCCUCUUCUCUACAUCCCUGCAGCAGCUGGCGGAGACGCCGGGAGCAGCGGGCGCUGCAGCAGGAGGAGCGCCGGCUGCGCUGUUCCCGCUCACGCCGCUGCACUGCGGCAUCAAGAGCCUCGCUCAGACCCAGGCGCUCAUGCUCGAGAGCGGCGGUGGCAGCGUGCCGUCCCUGUCGCCGCUGGAGACGCUGCACAACGCACUGUCGCUGCGCCAGGUCGACGCGUUCCUCACCGCCGUCUCCUCCGUGCCCGUCGCCGCCCCUGGCUCCCCGGCCUCCGUCGCUUCUUGCCAGCCAAACGAACUGCCCGUCAACGGGCCGGACGGCGCACCUGCGAGCCACUCGAACGGCUUGCCUCUCGGCCAAUGAGCCGGUCGCUCUGCCGCGGCGCCGCCAGCGAGACACCUCGCGACUCGUCGCCACGCGCGUCGAGACUCGUGGAAGGCGGAGAGACUUGGGUCGCUCUCGGGCCGCGUUCCCGUUCGCGGCUCGUCCCUGGCCUGGCCUCGACGGCUCCGAGUGUGGCAGGGGGCCGCGCUCGGAGCCCGCUUCAGAGCCACGCUCGACCUGGACCUGCUCUGAGCAGGAGCCAAGCCCGAGCCACGCCUAAGACCACGGGCCUCGUUUCCGUACCGCUCACUGUGAUCUCGGGGGACAACGCGGACCGGCACCGACUCGUCCGUGCCCCGGUACGCAAGGACCAAGCUACGUCCCAUGGACACCCCCCCUGCCCCCAGCAACCACCACGCGGUGGACGGCGGGGGAAUUCAACAUCCAUGUAUUUUGUUUGUUUACGAUCAAAGCCAAAGUUUACUUUGUGUGUUUUCUCUGUGACUUGCCCGAAACUUGAACAAACGCCUACAUUGCCAAGGUCCGUAAGACUUUCCUUACUAUUUCUUUAGCUAUCACGUCCGCAAAGUUCCCAGGUACGCGCCGUCGUUACCCGACAGAAUAUACCGCGCGGCGUUUGUCGUAGCACUUAGGUCAAUUGUGGCUCGCGGUCGGAAGGUCGCGAGUUCAAAUCCCGGUUGAGCUGGUUGAGGGUUUGACUCAGCCCAUCAUCCCUAAAUCCGGGGUUGACCAAAAACGAGAACCACUUUGUGGAGGUCAGCGGUCGGUAUCCCGAUUCAUAAUUGAGUUUUGGGUGAGGCCGCGCUUUAAUGGUGUGGCCAAAUUUGUGUAGUCAAGAACCCUCCACCACCCGACAUAGCCGAGCAAUGUAAAUGGUCACGUGGUGUACAAGCGUUUUAUUAUGCCCGUUAUUGCACCAGCUGGCUCGCCCGACGAGUAGAAUAGCAAUCCUCACUGCCAUAUUUAGCGGCGAUCGGAUGCGCAACGUUUCACUUGAAACUGCGCCAAACAUCCUCAGGACAAGUUCCAGGAAGUCGUAAUAAAAACCCUAACCCAAAGAUACAUUCACAAUGACUCAUUGGCAACCACCGGCACACAAGUUGGUGGUUGUCCUUUGGAGAGACUUGCCUCCGUCCGUCACAGGAAUGUGGAAUGUCCAACUAUGGCUCUGCAGGGCUGUAAACAAUAGGUAAGCACCAACGUCUCGAGGCUCAUGGGAGCAGCAGGAAUGCCCUUUGACUGCGUUUGUCACCGCAGUGGGCACAUCGAGACUUGUCCUCCAGGGGAUCAGUGCCUUCGUUGUUACUGCACUAUACGGGCGGCAGGGUGGCGGCGGUGCAGCGGUGACCCCCCCUCGUGCCUUACAGCAACAAGCGCCUGGGUUCGAUUCCCGACUCGGACGCCCUUUCUGUGUCGAGUUUUUACGUUCUCCCCGUUCUGCAUGGGGUCCCUCUGGGUUCUAUGGUUUCCCGCCCAUAGCUAAACCAACACAUUGGGACUGACUGGUAUCGGCCAAAACAUCCCAAUGCUGAAAAAUCGCUCGCAAAUAAUUUAAUGGAGAUCACGCAACGGCAGCAGCAACACCUCCCUCAACUGUGAAAAUUUGGCAGGACCCUCCUGAAAGAGAAUAUUGAGACUCAGUGAGGCUUUCCUGGGCAACCAAGCAUAAUUAUAAUAUGAAUAUCCAAUGGCCAAACUGUACUGUAUUUUCAAUGCCUUUCGCUGGCCAUACAUUAAGACAAAGAUUCCGUGUAUAGCCUUAACAGGCACCUAUGAAAGCUGGCGUGGCAAAAGCAGAGGAUAGGUGACCAGCACCACACCCGGCCCGCCUUCAUCUCCCCAGUGGGGAUGUUUACACCCCGCACCAAGUAUGAAUUUGAGACCCAGUCGACCUAGGGAAGGCCCAGUCCAGACAAUCGUCACUGGUGUUGUCCGUGAGCUGGAAUCGAACUCGGGUCACCGGUUUCGUAGUGCCGACCGCUAACCGCUGCACUAACCGCUCCCCACACACGCAGCACCCCUCCCCUAUUGGCAGCUAUCUGUGCGGCACCAGGCGACUCGGCACCGGUGUGUGAGCAGCCAUUAGUCCGCCGGCAGGAGACGAUAGUUGCUACUCGGUGUGUCAUCCCGACUGAGUAACCUUUAGCGGCGCGAUUCUUCUAAUUUGGCAAAUUGGGACGGCGAUGCCCGAGUGACUCGUUUAGAAUAACGCCGCGGGACGUCCACCAGCCACUGCGAGUGACGCAGACGGCACGGAGGAGCGUUGUACGGCUAAUACGCACGCCGCAGCAUUCACCAGGGUGGCCGCUGUGAGCUGUGACACCGUCUGUGGUGAACCGACGGUGGUGUGAAUUAUUGAUGACGCCCGCAGUAAUAACCGGGGCGGCCUGCCGGAUUGAAAUUGCGAAGCUCUGCAACGAGUGGGGAAUGCCCUACCGCUCGGCCGCGAUGUCACACCGCCCCAUGAAGUCGUGAUCCGGCUCGCCCGUGUUCCCAGUCACGACUCGGCUCAGGCCUGGCUUAGGCCUGGCUCUGGUUCAAGCGAGCCACGCUUAACUUGAGCCACCUCCGAGCACGGUCACGCUCAGGAUUUCCCAGAGCCGAGCCUGAGCCACGGCUGAGCCGUUUCACUGGUGCGGUCUUUUGGAAGGAACCGAGCGGCUGAACGGACUGAUCCGUGAGCGUUAAGACGACCGGGCCAGGGCCGAGCGGCGACCAGGAAGGCGGCGAGGGUGCACCCGACGACCAAAGGCCACGGCUCGGCGUUCCCGCAUUGUGCGCCGAGCUCCGGUGGCGGAGCGCGGUGUCAGGGCGAGUUCACCGCGGCGGUGACCGCCGUCCAGGUCUCGCGAGUCCGCCGUGGUUACGCCCCCCCCCCGAGUCCGCCGGUUCUCCUCCGCUCGCAGAUCCGAAUGGUUACGAGUCGCACGCGCCGGACGAUUGUGAAAUGAUGUUCCGCGUCGCCGUCCUUGAACGCCCGCGACUCGGGAAGAGGGGGGGAGGGGGCGGAUUUGUACCCACGCCUCGCGGGAGCCCCCGAAUCUCAAUAAAUAUUUUUGUAUUUGCCAGCUGAA